AUGCGCUAUCUUUUGGAGAAUUGUAUAUUGCUUCUAUUUUUAUUUAUCACUUCGUCAACUGUUGCUGAACGAAAAUUUCCAAUUAUUUGUGUUGAUAAAUCACCGUUUUGCAAGCGAAGAAGCCAUCUAUGUCAAAGUAAUGCAUUUCGUAGUGUCAUGCAAUCACUUUGUAAGAAGACAUGCAAACUAUGUGAUGAAAAUACAAAAGAGAAAAUAAUAAAAGACGAUCAAUAUGAAAAUGAAUCUGAUGAAGAAGUUAUUGUAGAAGUUGUAAAUGUGGAAGAUGAUGAGGAUAUAAAUAAUAUUGAAUAUUCUGAAUUCGAAACAACAACUGAUCAAACGGAAAAAGAAACGGAAGAAGAAGUUACCGAAGAACAUAUAACAACUAAAUUAUCUACAACUAUUCCAUAUUCUAUAAUAAAAAACUUAAAACAAACUAUAUGCAUGGAUUCAUCAACAGAUUGUCAAAGUAAACGAUAUUUAUGCAGUGAACGAAGGUAUGCACAAUUGAUGCGCAGAGAAUGUCCGAAAACAUGUAAUUUGUGUCAACCAGGUCAAACGAUAAUGCAGAAUGAGAUGAAUAGAUGGCGAUGUCAGGAUAUAGCACCCCAAUGUAGCCAAUCGUUAUGCGAUCAUCGAAGUUACCGACAACUUAUGCUAACUUUUUGCAAGAAAACAUGUUCAUUGUGUUAA